AACAACAACAACACUGCGACAGCAACACCCACCACAAAAAUGGCAACAGCAGCAGCGGUGGCCCAGCCCACCCCCGACGCGUCAACAUCCGCAGCGGGAGGCGCCUCCGCCGCGGCAGUCUUCAAGCGCCUCCACCCAGAACAGUACCUCACCCGCUUCCUCAACGAGGGAUACCGGCCCGACGGGCGGCGUAUCGGCGCCUGGCGCGACGUGAGCGUGAACGUUGGCUCCAUCGCGACGGCCAACGGCUCGGCCCUCGUCCGCAUGGGCGAGACGACAAUGGUGUGCGGCGUCAAGGCUGAGAUUGCCGAGCCGACCGGCGCGGCGCCCAACGACGGGUUUGUGGUGCCCAACAUCGACCUGCCCGCGCUGUGCUCGCCACGUUUCAAGCCCGGCCCGCCGCCGGAAGAAGCGCAGACGUUCUCCAACUGGCUCAACGACCUCGUCGUGUCGUCACGGACACUGCCGCCGUCGUCGCUGGUCAUUGCGCCCGGCAAGGCGGCGUGGGUGAUCUACAUUGAUGUCGUGUGCAUCAACUAUGACGGAAACGCGUACGACGCGGCCGUGUUGGCUGUUAUGGCUGCGCUGAAGAACACCCGGUUGCCAAAGGCGACGUUCAACGAGGAGACAUUGCAGACGACAUGCGACGCGUCCGAGACGUACCCUCUGCCCCUGGGCCGCAUCCCUCUCACGUGCUCGUUUGGCAUCUUCCAGUCAACAUAUCUUCUCCCCGACCCUACCGCAUUCGAAAGCGACCUGCUGCCAACGACCAUGACGAUUGCAUUGGACGAGCGCGGACACGGCUGCGGAGUCCGUCACGAGGGCUUGGGCGGAAUUUCCGGCCGGUCCGGGGCUGCCGUGCUCGACGAGGCAUGGGAGGCAGCCGCGGCGCAUGUGGGCGAGCUGCGAGCCAUCCUCGAUGCGCAGGGAUGACGGAGAGUGACGCGCCGGGCAUGACGAUGCAUCUCCGUGCGAGUGCCCUGUUCCAUAGACGUAGACUAGGAGGAGAUUGACUUGGCAUUGCCGCUCAAUGGCACGAUGUAUAAGUAGCCGUCAG